UUAAAAAAAAGUUAAAACUCGUUAGGACUUUUCAGUUUUCCGUUAUUUUUGUUUUUCGUAAAUCGUAUUGCUAAUUGCCAAUUGGAAAAUUUAGUUUCGAAAAAUUAUAACUUUUCCAGCUGAAAACCAUUUAAAUUCACCCUGAAACGAUGGCCACAAAACAACAGAAUCAGAAUGCCAUCACGCUCAAAGGAUCUGCAAAAUUAGUCAUGGACUAUUUGAAUUUCGGAAUAAACAGCAUUCUGUUUCAAAGAGGUAUUUACCCGCCCGAAUCGUUUAAAACCGAAGAACAUUUUGGUUUAUCAAUUCUAGUGUCAACCGACGAAAAAAUUCAACAGUUCCUAGAACCCGUUUUGAAUCAAAUGAAAAAUUGGCUGUUAGAACAGAAAAUCCAAAAGAUGUCAAUGGUUAUAUCAAACGUGACCACAAAAGAAGUGAUGGAGCGAUGGGACUUUAAAGUACAGUACGAAGGAUCCGGAGAUCCAAAUCCCGAUUCUGUCGGAAAUAAAGAAUUGUCUACAAUACAAAAAGAAAUAAGGGACGUGCUCAGGCAAAUUUGUUCUACUGUUAGUUUUUUACCAUUACUCGACUGUCCUUGUGCAUUUGAUUUGCAAAUAUACACCAAACCCGACGUCGAUAUACCACAAGAAUGGGCCGAAACGGCUCCGAGUUAUAUUGCUAAUUCACAGGAAUUGCAACUGAGAUCUUUUUCAACUUCGCUGCACAGGAUGGAUACUGUGGUAAGCUACAAAGCCGAUUUCUGAUCGUAGUAUUUCGACUGUAUUUUAUACAUAAACUAAGUUAUUUAUUUUUAUUUUUAUGUAAGUAAACUUUAAUACGAGUCAAAAAGAAAGUGUUUAUAUUUUUAUGUAUUUUUUAUAUUAAUUAUUACCGACUUUCAACUUUCGACUUUGAAAGUCAUGUGUAUUUAUUUUAUACUAUUAUAUUUUAAGCUAUUAAAUUUAGUACAAAAUUGUUUUAUAUAUUAUACUGUAUUAAAAUUGUG